AGAAUCCGAUACACAUAUUGGCUGCGCGUUGGACUGUGGGUGUAGCGGUUUUUCAGGUAUCGCUACUAUGAUCAGAUGGUCUAUGUGAGGUAACAUACAGUAUUGGGAAAGAUGGCGUCUGGCAAGAAGGCAGAGAGUGGCAGGCGUGAACAAGGUGUGAAUGGAAGACGAUCAUCAAAGCGCAAGGAAGGCCCCAUAGCCCCUCUCCAGAGCCUCUUUGCCCAACACAUCCUGGAACUAGCUGCUGUAAGUGGAUUUAUGAAUGUGAUGGACACCCAGGCGGUGUUUGCGGCCGUUUACGACGUGUGCGAGGAGAACUGUGCCUUCUUCUCGUCCAGCCCCAAGGGCUCGGCGGGGGGUGCCAUCCGGCGGCUGGUGGACGCCUUGACCACCAUCCAGGAGCACGCACACAGCCUGGAGCCCGUGGUCACCGGCUUCGCCUCCAUCUACCACCACUUCGACUUCGACCCCCACAUCCCCGCCAAUGGCUACCGCUCACUUGUUAAGGUGGUGCGCUGCUGCCUCCUCCACAUCGUGCACAAGGGUCGCUACAUCACCACCAGCAGGCGCAGCAUCUUCUUCCGGGUGGCGCACAACGCCAGCGAGAUGGAGGCCUACUGCAACGCCCUGUGCCAGCUGCGUGCCCUGCUCUACCUGGCACAGCGGCUGCUCCAUGACAACGGCCACGGCAACCUCUUCUUCCAGGAGGAGAGCGGCCUGAGCCAGACCUUCAUGCGCGAGUACGCCUCCAUGCACAAGGGCUGCUUCUACGGACGAUGCCUAGGCUUUCAGUUCACUCCAGGCAUCCGGCCCUAUCUCCAGACCAUGGCCAUCGGGUUGGUGUCCUUCUCCGAGAACUACAGGAAGCACCAGUCUGGCAUAGAGGAGGCAGGAGGCAUUACGCCGUACGGAGUUGCCGCCAGUUCGUUCUUUACCUCGGGGAAGUACGCCAUAGACCCUGAGCUGCGGGGCUCGGAGUACGAGCGCAUCACCCAGAACCUGGACGUGCACUUCUGGAAGUCCUUCUGGAACAUCACAGAGACGGAGGUUCUCGCGGGUCUGGCCAGCAUGACGUCGGUGCAGGUGAAGGUCAACCGCAUGCUGCUGGUGCCCCCGGUGGCCUUUGACCUCCCGCUGGCGGCCGACCCCAAGCGCUCCAUCAGCAUCGCUCCGCCCACGGCGCACAUCGGCCCCGCCCCCAUCCAGAUGAGGCUCAUCUCCUACGAGCUGCGGGAGGGACAGGACAGUGAGGAGCUGCUGGCCAUGUCUCGCUCUGAGGGUGGCAUGUCUCUCUCGCUGGGCAUGAGGCCCAAACGCAGCGCCCCCUCACCCUGGCUCCUGGUGCACUACCACGGCGGGGGCUUCGUGGCCCAGACCUCCAAAUCUCACGAGCCCUACCUGAAGAGCUGGUCUCAGGAACUGAAUGCGCCCAUCUUGUCGGUGGAUUACUCUCUGGCCCCUGAGGCCCCCUUCCCCCGGGCCCUGGAGGAGUGCUUCUACGCCUACUGCUGGGCCCUCAAGAACAGCCACCUACUGGGCUGGACGGGUGAGCGUGUGUGUGUGGCGGGAGACAGCGCGGGCGGGAACCUCUCGUUGACGGUGUCGUUGCGGGCGGCGUCUCACGGCGUGCGGAUGCCCGACGGGCUGGUGUGUGUGUACCCGGCCACGCUGCUGACGGCCUACGCCUCGCCCUCGCGCCUCCUCACACUCAUGGACCCGCUGCUCCCCCUCAGCGUGCUCUCACGCUGCCUCAGCGCGUACGCAGGCGCAGAGCCGUACGCAGAGAAGCCGGUGGAGAAGGUGAGCACCCUGAGCAUGGUGAGGAGAGACUCGGCUGUGCUGCUGCGAGACCUCAAGCAGGGUGCCUCCAACUGGAUCAGCUCCAUGCUCGACUACAACAAAAACACUGCCGCUCCUGCAGACGAAGUGAGGAAGAGUGUCUCGGAGGCGACCCUGACCUCUGCGCACUCUGACCCCCCGGUGCCCCCAACCCAGUCGUCUGAGUUCUCCGAGCGCAAGGACUCCCUCAAGAGCCAAACCUGCCAAGACCUGGGCACACACUUCAACUCGGUCCACAAUGCACCUCUGCAGUCCGAGUGCACGGCUGAAGACGUGAGCUUCUGCCUGUCCAAGCCGGUGGACCCCUCCAUGUCCAGCGCGAUGUCCUCGAUGGCCGUACCGCAGUACGAUGCCGACGAGGGCUCUGAGAACCCGCGCGACUUCCCACAGGGCUUCGAGCCUCUGCGCUCGGAGCAGCUGGCCGAGAUGCCCACGCAGACCUCGCCCCUCGUCAGGAACCCCUUCAUGUCCCCCCUGCUGGCCCCCGACAGCAUGCUCAAGGGCCUCCCACCCAUCCACAUCGUGGCCUGUGCGCUGGACCCCAUGCUGGACGACUCGGUGAUGUUCGCCAAGCGUCUGCGUGGCGCCGACCAGCCCGUGACGCUGUGCAUCGUGGACGACCUGCCGCACGGCUUCCUCAGCCUGUCGCAGCUGUCGCGGGAGACCCGCGAGGCCACCAACGUGUGUGCGGAGCGCAUCCGCGAGGUCUUCCUGGGCAAGGACACCGCCUGGGCCGCCGCAGCCGCAGCCGCCGCCAACGCCCACCGCAAGCUGGAGCGCACCGACGCAGGGCUGGGGGGUCUCGACGACGCCGACCACGACCACGGCCUGCCCCUCUUCAGCAGUAGAGUAAUCCCUGAUGAUGGAGACUGUCUGAUGGGGGAAGUCGUGGAGGAAGAGGAGGGGGGCGGCUUAGCCGGACUGGCGGCUGCCAACAAGCUCGGGGACAGAGAGGAGAUCGGAGCAUGACACGGCCACUGAGAGGCCAGCUUUAUCCCAUUUCCCAAAGAAUAAAGAGAAAAGGGUUGGCACAUGGGAUGGCAAGAGGUCUUGGACACAAAUAGGAAAAGCUUGGAACAGGUGAGCGAAGAAAGGUGAAGAAAGUGAGGGAACAUGACGAGAGCAGUGAAGCGCAGAGAGAGAGACGAGUGGAAGGAUAAGGGUCGAGUGAAGAGAGAGUCCUGACACACUGAAGACCUGCUCCUUCCCUCUGCUCCUGGAAGAGAACACAAUACCUCCCUAGUGCUACCUACCAUUGCACUGUCACCAGCAACAACCAACCACUCCACACACACACACACACACACACACACACACACAUACUGUACCUGUCGCCACUUUGCCUUAGAGCUGUGUAAAUGCUGGAGGUUCAACCUGUGCACUCUUGAGAGAUGUGCAACAGAGCACUUUCGAUUGUCCUCGUACCACUCUCAAGAGGCCCACUGCAGUAACCAAUCAGAUAGAGAUAACCACACGUAGGAAGCUCCUCUGCACUGUCUGUCCUCCAGACCGCCUUAUAAAACCUUUAGUUUCAACCGCAGAGAAAGCUAAAGCUGCUACGGUUGAGAAGAGGUUGCUGUCAUAGAUUGGAGAUGAAUGGAAGAUACUAUUCAGUGUGAGCUGACUAAAUGCAAUGGAUAGGAAACAAGGACAAAUUCUCAAGAAAACUGGACGAAAGGGUUUGCCAAAAGCCUGGAAAUGAUUUUGUAUUCCGUAUACAUGUGUUCGUAUGUUAUUGUUAUCUAGGGCUUUCGUAUUCAAGGUCACAUAAUCCUUUGAGUGAGAGCGCAUCUGCUGGUCGUUUUGACGAGUGGAUCCCAUAGCCAUAGCUGUUCCCUGCGUUUGGUCGUUUUGACGAGUGGACCCCAGAGCCAUAGCCGUUCCCUGCGUUCUUCUGCUGCUCUUUUCUAGAAUGUUCCGGUUCCAGCGACGUCUCCUCUUCCUGAUGCCUCCUCGAAUCCCCUCUUUCCCAGCUAGAGAUUGCUGCAGCGUUACUGCAGCAGCAGCGGUAAUCACUGGAGCGUAAAGUUGCCAAGCACGUCUGUCUUUUUAGGGCCACUGUCCACUUGGAGUCACUGGUGGGGAACAUUCAUCUCCACAAUCAGACAUUGAUCAUGGAUUAGUAUCAGGCCAGCAGGACUCUCGGUCCAAAAGAUCUUUAUUCUGUUGCUUUUUAGAGCCCCUGCUUAACGAUCUUGUUUUUCUUGCUCAGCGCUCAUAGCAGUGUUGCCUAGCAUGCAGUCGCCAUCAUAGAAAUCGCCUUUCCAUCACGAGGUCAAAAAAUAACAGCAAAAGAGGGCUAACUAGAUCGCUAACGCACUGGGACUUGAUCUCAAACGUAGAAAUUUCUCUCUUGUCCCCCUUUCUUUCUUCAGUGUGUCUCUCCGAUUGGUUCUACAUACAUCUCACGCCUUCUCUUUACCCCUCGCUCUCUCUUUUCCUCCCUCCCUCCUCCUCCUCAUCUCUCUCUCUUCCCCCAAACUCUGUCUUUGUCUUUUGCUCUGUAAUGUCAGGAGAGCUGUUGCAUAUUGACCCAUUUCUCAUCUCUGUGGCGCGCGCUCCCAGCCCGUCGAGGAAUUAUUUUAAGACUCGGCCUCUAGUAUCUCGACGUCUGCAGCCCGCCGACAGCCUCGCGUCAUCACGGCAGACCGCUGACAGGAUGUGGCCUCCAAUGACGCCUGUCGCUUCAGAGCAAGAAGCCGAGACAGUCUGGCCUUGUCGCGGCGGCUAACUGCCCCCCCCCCCCCCCCACACACACACACACACACACACACACACACACACACACACGCGCACGCACACACACACACACCCAUUGGCCUUCAGCACUCUCGACUCUUAAGUGAUGACAGGGACCUCUGAUGAGCCGUCGUUCUCACACGCGCCGAGACAGAAAAUGCACACCGCGGUGGUUUUUUUUUUUAAGCGACAUCCAGACAGUGGUCGUCGAGCUGUUGGGCAGUGACAAGAUCACGACAGGGGAGCCUAGGGGCACAUUCUGACCCCUGUGAAGCAAAAAGAAAAACACCUGACUUUACAAAAAAAAAAAAAAAAAAAAAACAUUCAUUGGUGUCUGCUGCUAUCAGCGUGGUGCAGAGGCUGUCGUGCUUUUUAGCAGGUUACCGAGGGUUACCGAGAUGUAUGCGCUUAGAGGGACAGACGAGCCAAACACCUUGAACAGCUGGAUGUUAUCGGCCUGGGUGUGUAGGGGAUUACAGUCCCAAUUCUGAGGGUGGCGUGGCUGGCCAGGGGAGCUUGUUAAGUCUAGGGGGGGGGGGGGGGGUGUAUUUACUGGUGUUUGCUUGUGAUGGGGCUAUCUUAGAGCCGUUUCUUUUCCCUCUAGGAAUUUAUAGUAGCUUCUGCAGAGAGAGAGAGAGAGAGAGAGAGAGAGAGGAGCAUUUUCUUCUUUUCUCCUGACUCACCCCCUUAGAGUCCCCAUCCUUACUAGGCGCUCUGCUGUUGACGCCACUUCUUUCUUUAAAAUGCUGCGGUAUUUUUUUUGAUCACUCCGCACUUUCAUUCAGACUUUGACAGUGACGUGUGUGUAUAUGAGUGUAUGCUUGCUUGGGUGUGUGUGUGUCCCUGAAUGUUGUCUGUUCGUUUUAGCAAGUCUGUCCUUGCCUUUAGUGAAGUGAUGGUAGUUGUCAUUGUCAGUAUUUCUGUGUGGCGCGUGCAGUUGGAUGUCAGACAAUGGGUAUGUGCUCAUAUCUAAACGUAGAAAAUGACAUUGUUGUACCUGUUUAUGGUCUCUAUGUACCCCUCUUCCUUUGUUGGCUGAAAGUUGCAACUUUACCACUGCGUCGCCAUGACUACACAACCACGUAUUACAAGCUCUAUCAGUCCCGCAAUACUACAGCUGAGGGGUAUAGCGUAGUGUUUACAUUUAGUACCCUUACCCCAUGUAAGAGCUAAGUACCAGACUCUACCCUGCUUUAGCGUAGCAUUGUCCUGACUUAGAGCUAAGUACCAGACUCUACCCUGCUUUAGCGUAGCAUUGUCCUGACUUAGAGCUAAGUACCAGACUCUACCCUGCUUCAGCGUAGAGUUGUCCUGACAGAGCUAAGUACCAGACUCUACCCUGCUUUAGCGUAGCGUUGUCCUGACUUAGAGCUAAGUACCAGACUCUACCCUGCUUUAGCGUAGCGCUGUCCUGACGUAGAGGUAAGUACCAGACUCUACCCUGCUUUAGCGUAGCAUUGUCCUGACGUAGAGCUAAGUACCAGACUCUACCCUGCUUUAGCGUAGCGCUGUCCUGACAUAGAGCUAAGUACCAGACUCUACCCUGCUUUAGCGUAGCGUUGUCCUGACUUAGAGCUAAGUACCAGACUCUAACCUGCAUUAGCGUAGCAUUGUCCUGUUUGUCCAAUAUUUGCGUCUGGAGUAUGUGACAUAAAGUCUGUUUCACCAGUUUGUGUGCGUCAAUGCUGCAUCUGGCAAGCAUCUUAACCACUAAUAGAACUGGUCAACCGAACACCCUUUGUGGGUAUAGAGCACUUUGAUCCCCUCGGGCGACGCCUCCCUAAGCCCGUAGCACCAAGGAGACCACGUGUGACACCACACAUCCGUCCCCCUCACCCUUCAGUGGCAGCACGGUGGCGUGGCGUGGCGUGGCGCUUCUGAGGCUUGUUUGCUGGAAGAGGACUGAUAGGGCAGUUAGGCCAGAGAACCAUUGCUUUGAAUUCGGAGACGCUUCUCUGGUCUCGACUGCUGAACACCUAGGAGACCUCGUUAAUUACCUGGGGUCAGGGGUCAUUAGAGGCCAUGGUGCUUUAAGGUGUUACCAAUAGGUCCACUCCUGAUUUCAAUGGCUCCGAUUUCUUGUGUCAAAUGUUUUUCUUGAACAGUUUUGUGUUUUUUUGUUGUUGUUGUUGUUGUUGUUGUUUAAUCAGUCCUCAGUCAUGGAGUGUUCUAAAUGGGUUUCAGUAUGAGGCUAGAUGCAGUUGUCUUUGAGUUCUGGUUGUGUUCUGGUUCUGUCGUUCAUGCUGCUGCAAUGCUGGAUUGGAGUCGGGCUAAAAUGGGUUACAGCCACAAACAUGCAAGCCAUACCAAGAGACUAAAUGCUGUAUAGAAUAGCCUUUUUUCUUUUUAAUUAUAAAACUGUAUUAUUUUAAAGUUUAAAAUUUACCACAAGUGCAACCAUGUGUACAUGAAAGAAUUUAUAUGAAUAAUAAACCAUAAAUGUCCUUUUUAGAUACUUUAUUUUUACCUCCAUAUUAUCGUGCAGGAGCUAAGCAAGAAUGAUCAUAUGAUGUGCAAAAUAUAUUAUAAAUAUUCCAAGAUGACUGUAUUUUCAGGAAAAUGUUUUCCUUGUGUUGAUUUGAAUCUGAAUAAACAUUCUUCAAACAAA